AGGUCAGCAACUGCAGCCAUUGUGCAAUCAACAAGAACACACAUCACCCGUCACCAUGCCUCUGAUACGACCAACCGUCUUCUCCAGCCGCGCCAUCCAGUCGGCCGUCGCCUCGACCCCUCGAUCCAUCGUCGCGCGCCGAGCUCUUUCCACCACACAACAACUGCGCGGCGGCGCCUCACACGACGACCACUUCGACCCCCCGGGCGGUGUCCUCUUCGGCGUCAAGCCCGGCGAGAAGUACCAAGAGGAGGGCUGGGAGAGAAUCUUCUACUGGGGCUUCUUUGGCAGCAUGGCCUUCGGCAUCAUCGGCUACGCAUACAAGCCCGACACCAGCAUUCAAACAUGGGCUCUUGAGGAGGCCAGGAGAAGACUCGAGGCCGAGGGCAUCCUUGCCGACCCCGAGGACGAGUAAACGCACACAACCCCACCCACCCGCAUCAGGACCAACCCCCUCUUCCAUACCGAAUACGCUGCAAUGCAAGACAUACCACAACAAACCUCUUUCGAAACCAUGAAUUUCCAAAAAAUGGCGGGCCGCUCUCUCUCGACGACGCAGCCGGUCUGUACAUAACAACACACCAGGGGAAUUGCUUGCAACCGAUAGACAUUUUUGACUACUUUUUUUCCCUUUCUGCUGCUGCAACACCAU